CUUCUCUGCUUUUGGUCCUUUCAAAGGAACAAUAUGAGGCUCAAAAUAUCUCAGCUCUUCUUCUUCUUCUUCUGCAUUGUUCUCCUUUUACAUCCGUCUUUAGCUCAAACAACUAAUGAACAUGAACAAGAAGAUGUUAAAAGAUCUCAAUUCCCAGAUGGCUUCCUAUUUGGAACAAGCACUUCAUCAUAUCAGAUUGAAGGAGCUUACCUUGAAGAUGGCAAGGGUCUCAACAACUGGGAUGUCUUUACUCAUAUUCCAGGCAACAUAAAGAAUAAUGAUAAUGGAGACAUAGCAGACAAUCAUUACCAUCAGUUCCUGGAAGAUAUUGAAUUGAUGCAGUCUCUUGGGGUAAAUGCAUACAGGUUCUCAAUCUCAUGGAGCAGAAUUUUGCCAAGGGGAAGAUUUGGUGAAGUGAACACAAGAGGAAUCAGUUUCUAUAAUAAUCUUAUAGACAAUCUCUUACUUAAGGGAAUUGAGCCAUUCGUGACAAUACACCAUCAUGAUAUCCCACAAGAGUUGGAGGACAGAUAUGGCUCAUGGCUUAGUCCUCUUAUGCAGGAAGAUUUUCUCUACUUUGCAGAAAUUUGUUUCAAGAGCUUUGGACAUAAAAUUAAGUACUGGACAACCUUGAACGAGCCCAACUUAUUUGCAGACAUGGCCUAUAUGAGGGGAUGGUACCCUCCAGGACACUGUUCACCACCUUUCGGCAACUGUUCCUUUGGUAAUUCUGAUGUAGAACCUCCCACUGCUAUGCAUAAUAUGUUGUUGGCGCAUGCUAAGGCGGUUAAGCUAUACCGCCAAAUGUUUCAGCCAAAGCAGGGUGGUUCCAUCGGUAUCAUUGCAAAUACAAUGAUGUAUGAACCGCAUGGGGACAACGAAGACGAUCAGAAAGCAGUAAGCAGAGCCCUGGCAUUUCAGCUGGCCUGGGUUUUCGAUCCCAUUGUAUAUGGCGAUUAUCCUCCUGAAAUGCGUCAUUAUCUUGGAAGUGUAUUGCCAAGGUUUUCACAGGAAGAAAUCAGCAUUUUAAAAGGAAGUAUAGAUUUCAUUGCCAUUAACCAUUAUUCAACAUUAUAUGCCAAGGAUUGCAUCCAUUCUGCUUGUAUCCCAGGCUGGGAUCGCCCUAUCCGGGGCUUUGUAUACACCACAGGAGAGAGAGAUGGUGUUCUGAUCGGAGACCGGACUGCAAAUCCAAGGUUCUUUGUAGUUCCAAGAGGAAUGGAGAAGAUUAUUAACUAUGUUAAGGAAAGAUACAAUAAUAUGCCAAUGAUUGUGACAGAAAAUGGAUUUGCUCCUCCUCCACAACAAAAGCAACAACAUCAGCAAGACUUGUUGCAGGAUGCUGAAAGAAUCAACUUUCAUAAAUCCUACCUUGCAGCUCUGGCUAGAGCUAUAAGAAAUGGAGCUGAUGUUCGUGGGUAUUUCGUGUGGAGCAUGAUCGACAACUUCGAAUGGAUCGAUGGUUACAGUGUGCGGUAUGGACUUUACUAUGUUGAUCGCCAAACUCUUAAGCGCAUGCCAAAGCUUUCUGCUAAGUGGUAUAAAAAUAUCCUCACAGUUGAUGCUACUAGCAAUAGCAAUAGCAGCAAUAUUUUCAAAAGGAAAAAUACCAUGAGCACUGUAUCGCAAGCCUCAAAAGCAGAAAUAUGAUAGUUAUGCAUUUAUACGAGAUUUAAAUUUAUUUAUUCGAGAUUUUAGCCAUUAACCAAUUUA